AAAGACACGGACGCGAGAUAAACCAAAAACAAAAACACACCCAUCACUCUACACCAAUACCACCACUACACCUUCCUCUCCUCCUCCUCUUCUUCUUCUUCUUCUUCGAAACCCUUACUCCAUGAACAAUAAACCCAUCCACCACGGCCACGGCCACGGCCACGGCCAUGGCCGCGCCCAUCCCAGCGGCGGCGGCGGCGGAGGCGGAGGAGGAGGAGGGCAGGGUGACGGAAACAGGGGAGCUGUACGAAACAGGGGAGUGCGAAGGGCGCAAGUGCCCCCCCGCUUCCCCCUCCUCCCCCUCCGCCACCCACCACCACCACCACCAUCGUCGCCGCCACCCCCACAGAGGAGGAACCGCUCCAAGGAAGCUCCUUUCCAACUCCUACGGCUUCACCUCCUCCUCCUCCGAGCUCGGCCUCUUCUCAAGCGACGACGACGACGACGAAGAAGAAGAAGCCGAGACGAAAACCCUCUUCUCCUCCCGAAGCCGAAGCUUCUCCUCCGACUCCUCCGAGUUCUACUCCUCCUUGAAGAAUAAGAAUAAGAACAAGAAUAAGACGACGAAGACGAAGAAGAAGAAGGGGAAGGAGGGCAUGGAGAGGCGUAAAAAUGGCGGUUUUCACAACCCGUACGCGGUGGUGAAGCGGUCGCGGAAUCCGUACGCGGACUUCAAGAGGUCGAUGGUGGAGAUGAUCGUGGAGGAGCGGCUGCGGAGCGCGCGCGACGUGGAGCGCCUCCUCCGGUCCUACCUCGCCCUCAACAGCCCCCGCCACCACCCCACCAUCAUCCAAGCCUUCGCCGACAUUUGCCGCGCCUUCUUCGCCCCACCCCCACCCCUCCUACCCUCUCACGCUUGACCCUCCACCAUGCCCGCCGCACACUGCCAGUUUCGUUUAUUUCAUUUAGAAAUAAAUUUAGUUAAAACUGUAAAUCAAUUAUGAUUUGAAUUUGGGACCUCAGCUAUCAAUCAUCAAAUCCUUUAUCAUUUACUUUUUAGGAA